UCCAAGUAGCCUGUAGUCUACAGCCUACUUACCCCAAAGGGUACGAAGGAACAAUCAUCGUGGGUCCGGCGACCCGAACUUAAACAUGGAGCAGCAGCGGCGCCCUCCAAACCCGCCUUUACUGCCACAGAUCGCUUCUCACCCAGGCAUCAUGGCGACAGAUAUCACUGACAGGUUUUCUUCGGCUGUAAAGAAGCUGGCUCCUGGUGAACUUGUCAAAGAUGGCUACUUCACCCUUUUCGAGUCCGUCUCGGCUCUCGAGAUUAUGGACCCAAAAAUGGACAGCGGUUGUCUUGCGGAUGGCGAGUCUCUAGAUGAAGAGUACGACGUGACGAGGAAUUUGCUGCCUCAGGAGAUUCUCGGCAUCAUAGAUCAACUGCUUUGUUUGGAGAUGGCUUGGCAUCUUGGCUAUCCCCUGUCUCAGACUCUCUUUACGAGUGUUUACCUGGAUGCUCUCAUGCAAUCAACGCCGACAACCUUGGAGGGAGUCAACUUUGAUAGAGGCUUGGAGGUCCCCAAAGAGAAGUCGCCCUUUUUGUUUGUUCUAAGAGCAUACUGUGUGGGAUUGCUCAAAGGCUGCUAUUUCGUGAACGAACUUGUCAAGGAGGAAUUGUAUUAUGAGGAGGAAGACUUUGUAACGAACACAUACGAUCGCAAUAUGCUUUCGGAUGUCUCCUUGGGCCCGAUCCACGAUAUGCUUCGCAAUGCACGAGCGGAUCUUCGAGCCAUGGGCAACUCAUUAUCCAAGGAAGUUCGCGAGGCUCUGGAUCUUCGUCUCGAGUUUAGGAUAGCAUUUCUUCGCUCCCUGGAGCUGAUAGGUAUUCCCAAGGCAAACCCGGAAUCACUGAAGACGCCAUGGAUUAUGAUGACGGGGCUGUUGGAGCAUCUAAGAAAACAGCACUCUCUAGGCACACCAGUGCCUGAAGCAUUCAGCACGAAGAUGCAGCGAAAGCUGGCCAGCACGAUGCCUCCUCGUCCUAUUGUUCAGUUGACGUUUGAAGACACAUAUGCUCAUUUUAAGCGAAUGGCUCAAGAUGGCCAAGAGGCGAUGGACAUAUUGAGAUAUUCGGACCCUCAGAGCCUCAUGACCUUUGUUUCAUCGUUCCAAGCCAAGAAACCUCAGCCAUUGGUUAUAAUCAGAACGCUGAUGCAGAGCCUCUUAUUCAAAGAAAUGGUUGUGCUAGGGUCAUAUAGCAUUCGCCACAUAUUAGAUCAUGAUCUCUCUAUUGUGUGCCUGCCUAAUGCGCCUCAGAUGGAUCCCUCCAACGACUCCAUAGAAGUUCCGACUGAUCCUCGCCAUCAAACAGCUGCUCAGAUGGAGAUCUUCCGCCAGCGCGUCGCCGAAUGCUAUCUUGACCUUUACAGGAUAUUCUGCCAGAACCGCUGUCGAGUCCGACGAACCCUUUGUCACAGUAUUCAGGAAUGGGAUCUUCUUCAGGCUGAUGUAGAAGAGAUCGAUAAUUUGCUACAGAUCAACCUUGACGAGCAGAUGCACACAGCAGCGAGCGGGCCAGUUGGCUAUUCACUGCCACUUUCGUCGUGGGCGUAUCUGUACAAGCUCCGGCAGAUGGAGUGGAUCGUUCAACUUGGCUUCGAACUAUCCACGUAUCAAGUCGAUGAGUUGGCAGGAAUGUACUGGUACCUGAACUAUGUCGCCAAGACUCGAGCUCAACACGGCGACCGAAUCAAGACCUUCGUGAUGCGAUCCAUGUUUGAAGCUCGGAGUUCAAAAUCAUACAGCGCGGCCAAGGAGGAGAAGUACAUGAAGUCCAUGUCCUACAUCCGGGUCACCAUGCUCGACGCGGCCUGCACCUGGGAGUUUGCCGACGGGCUUUGCUGCCUAUACACGGUGCUCCAACGUCUCGGCCUGAUCAGGGCUCCACCGCGGCCCUACAGUGACGACCUGCUCCGCUACGAGGUCCGCAUGAAGCCCUUUGUCAAUAUCGGCCUGCCGCAGCUACCGUCGUUUGACGAUUUCACCAAGGCCACGCAGCAGCCCGACACGUCAAUCGCUGAGCUGCUCAAGUACGCGGACAAUGCUGUCGGCGGGGCGAAGAAGGGCUACGAGGCGCUGAGCAAGAUGCAAGAGCAAAAUACCUUUUCGGUUGGUUGCCAUGACAGGUGGUUGACCAACAUCAAGAAUUGCCAGAAAGCCACGAUAUUUGCUGGCAUUGCUGUGACCGCGUUGCAGAAGGCGAUAGAGAAGCUUGGUGAUGGCGAGGACAUAGCUGGGGAGAAGUUGGGAUUAAAGGUUGAGAUGCCUGAAGAGGGCAAUGGAUAUCACGACUGGUGGAUCGUGCCCAAGGUCGUACCUUCUGCUUGAUGGAGGAUUGUACACACAUGGUGCCGUUGCCGUCAACAUAAAUAGAAGAAAAGUUGAAAUGAAGAAAGUAAAACACGACUAGUAGGAUGGACAGGUCCUCAUAUUCGGGUAUAAAUUAACCAAAGCAGAUAACAUCAAAAGACGUCUAUGGCAUUCGCAUAUCAUACA